GUAUAUAUUUCAAAAAAUUAUGAAAGAACAAAAUGAAUUAGAAUUGGGUGGGAUCAGAUAAAUCGUGAAGAACAGGUUUUUGUUCAUAAGGAACAGAACGACAUGUCGAAUCCUCUGUUCCUCUCUGGAUUCCUUUUCUCCGCCUUCUUCACCGCUCACCUCUUCCAAUUCUGUCAUGGAGACCUCGGCACUGCUACAUUCUACACCGCUCCUUAUCUACCCACCGCCUGUGCCGGAAAAGAUACGUCGGUGUUUCCGGCGAGCAACCUGUUCGCGGCGGCCGGAGAAGGAAUAUGGGAGAACGGAGCGGCUUGUGGAAGACAGUACCAAGUGAGGUGCUUCUCUGCCGAUGUGCCGAAGUCGUGCGUUCCAGAUCAGAUUAUUCAGCUCACCAUCGUGGAUCGUGCGAUUUCGACGGUGACGAAGCCGACGAGAGGGGAUACGACGAUGGUGUUGUCGACGACGGCGUAUAAAUCCAUUGUUCAAGGAUCUGUGUCGCUCGUGAACAUUGAAUUUCGGGAGGUUUGAAAUGAAUGUUCAUCAAGCAGAGGAAGAUGAAGUCCAUUGUGUUCAGUUUCCGCCAUUGACACACACCUCUAAUUUCUUAUGUUCUUUUCGCCUUCUCAAAUCUGAAUCCCACCACAAAUUACAGUCUAAUUUUCUUAUUAAUUGUAUUUUUUUUUAAAAAAAAUAUAUAUAUAUAUAUAAGAA